AUGCAAGUGCACGAGUUUCCAUCUUCAGCUAAGGUCAGGCCACACUAUAUUGGGAAGGGUGACCGGCUAAGGCAAGGAAUCCCAGAGAAAGUUCAGGUCAACCAACUUCAAACUAUCCCAUACAUUGAAGAAAAAGUCCUCCCAAGAUUCCGCGAGAAAGAGGUAGAGGUGGAAGACAUUAACAAGAAGAAUAUGGAGUUUGAAUUGCGAAUGGAACGGUUGGUUGCAGAGGCCAGUGCUUGGCAGCAAAGGGCCAAGUACAAUGACAACAUGAUCAACAUCCUUAAAAUCAAUCUUCAGCAAGUUUAUGCAUAG